UCACUACGUCUCGCGUGAACUUACGAGAUUUCCUUCCCAAAAUGGCGGAUGAAAUUUGUCAGGAAGAGACGAAGUGACAACCUUUCUGUCUUUUCUAAAUAUUCUCAGCAAGAAAGCUCACGUAACAGUUUGUCACCAAGUUGUCGUGUCAACCAGAACAUAUUUUGAAGACUGAGAGCAGAAUUUUGACUGUUAAGUUUUGUAGGAAGCUGAAGUUGUUGUACCAUGGCCAGUCCCACCAAAGCAUUCAACCCUCCAGAGCAGGACCUGGACACACUGAGAUACUCCUACAAUGCAGAAUACACGGCUGAUAUAUCCACAAAGAUGAGGGUCCCAGACAAGAUCCAGGUUGCGGAGGGAGAUGAGGGUUAUGCCGCCCCGAGCAGGGACGAUUCGCGAAUGCUUCAUCACAGCAUGGACGUGCCAGACCGCAUCAUGGUCGCAGGAGAAGGACAGUACAAAGGACAACACCAGUCCCCCCGGACCCUGGACCUAGACACCAUGCUCCCCUCCCAGCCCCCUCCCGUCAGCCUCCAGACCCCCCCUCGCACCCUCACGCUAGAGGAACACCUGGACAGUCUGGAGAUCGAGGAACGCCCGCGGUCCCGCCCACGCACGGCCAGCGGGAGGAAGGAACCCCUUACCAACCGUGGUAUGCCCAACGGGAUCGCGAUUCCUGAAAGUCAACAAAAUUCGGCUGAUUAUGUAUUCAUUGACACAUUAUCUAUUGGAAAACAUCACCCCCUUCUGGAGUGGAAUGCCCCUUUAAUUUUUUCUGUUUCUACUCCCAGUGAUGCGGCGCCGGCCCUACCAAACAUGGACGCCGUGACGCCCAUGGCGGAAGACGAAGUGGAGGAACUCCGACGCCAGCUGUCCAGAGUCGGGAGGCGACUACGGAUCCUAGAGGACGAAAACGAGCAGCGAAACCAGCGUGAACUCAUCCUGUACUCCGUAACUCUGGCGUUCUGGCUGAUCAAUGCCUGGAUGUACAUCAGGAGAGACUAGAGGGGGGAUAGAGUUCAGUUCAGGCCACUUCAAUUUAUUUUCUUGGGUUUUGGACAUUUUGAAGUACAGUCAAACCU